AUGUAUCAUACAGAACGUGAUAUACUCUAUUUCAGUGAUGUUCUUGUGAUUCUCUUUGCCACAAGUAUCUAUGAAAAUAUUCGCUUUGGUAAGGAAAGUGCAACAAGAAUCGAGAUUGAAGAAGCAGCACGUCAGGCCAAUGCACAUGAUUUUAUUAUGCAAUUACCUGAAAAGUAUGAUACAAUCGUCGGUGAACGUGGUGUUCAAUUGAGUGGUGGUGAAAAGCAACGUGUGGCUUUAGCUCGUGCUCUUGUCAAGCAGCCAGCCUUGCUAUUGUUGGACGAAGCAACAAGUGCUCUUGAUAAUACUAAUGAGAAGAUCGUCCAAGAAGCACUCGAUCGAGCUUGUACAGCGGAGCGCAUUCGACAUCAUAACUAUAGUGAACUCGAUGAUGGAGAUAAAUACACUGCGUUUGCUGUAUCUGGUUCGAAAUUGACUGAUCGUAUUCGUUCUAAAGCUUUUGCACACCUUCUGCGUCAAGAAGUUGGUUUCUUUGAUCGUCUUGAAAACAGUUCUGGAGCUAUUUGUAAUCGUCUCUCAUCUGAUGCGUUAAAUGUUCAGCAGAUGGCUGGUUUUCGUCUAGGCAUCAUUUGUGAGUCAAUCGCGACUUUUGGAAUUGGUGUUGUUCUCGGAGUUUUGGUCAGUUGGCAAUUGACUUUAACUAUAGUCUUCUAUGUUGUUUCUUUAAUUGUGUUCGCUGCCAUGCAAAUACGUUGGCAAGCACGAUGGAAUAAACACUCUGAUGGUAUUCUUGAAUUAGCAAGUUCGGUGAGAGCAACGUUUCGAUUACAAUAUUAUGUACAUUGA